CCAAAAAAAAAAAAAACUUUUUUAUAUACGUCUUUAUAGAACAAUAAGCAAUGAAUCAACCUUUAGAACAACAUUCUCAUUCACUUCAAUAUGGUUGGGUAUUUUGGUUUAUGCACCGUUCUCGAGGAGAAAAGAUCACAAACUAUGAAGGUGCGAUGAAGAAGAUUGCUACUUUUCAUACUAUAGAAGAGUUUUGGGCUGUAUAUAGUCACCUAAGACGACCAGGAGAAUUACCCAAUAUUAGCGACUAUCACUUGUUUAAAGAAGGUGUUCGACCUGUGUGGGAGGACACAGCCAAUAUUCAUGGUGGGAAAUGGAUUGUUCGAGUCAAGAAAGGGUUGGCUGGUAGAUAUUGGGAGUCUUUGAUAUUGGCUAUCAUUGGCGAUCAAUUUGAUGUGCAGGAUGAGAUUUGUGGGGCAGUUUUGUCUAUUCGUGGUUCAGAAGACAUCAUUUCAGUAUGGAACAAGACGUCAUCGAAUGGCAAAAUCAAUUUGAAAAUUAGAGAUACCAUUAAAAAGUAUUUGAAUUUACCAGUCGAGACAACGAUGGAAUAUAAAACACAUAAUGAUGCACUUCGAGACAAUUCAAGUUUCCGUAACACAGACGUGUUUCGAUAAAUAAAAUAGCUGUCAAUCCAUAAAAAUAGAAAUUCAUUUUGCUGUACUACAAUACAGUUCUGAAGAGAAGCAGCACGAGAACGCAAUAAAAAUGUAAUAUAGUCGGAGAGAGUUUCUGCUAUUGAAAAAAA